GAACUAUUUCUUUCUCUCACCGAAUAUCCUCAGAAUAACAAACACUUGAUCCUUACUUCUUCUUUACUUCCUUUCCAAUCCGCGUUCCCCGUACAAAAAUGGCAUCCUUUGAUAUCAACACAACUGGCGACGAUGUGCUCAAGCACUUCUCCCAGUACGCCGAGGGCAAAACAUUUGUCAUAACCGGUCCAAGUGAAAAUGGCAUCGGCGCCGAGUCUGCAAUCACUCUCGCAUCUGCAAAGCCCCAGAAAAUCAUUCUUGUCGGUCGAACUGAAAGUAAAGUCAUUUCAGUAAUUGAAGCUAUCAAAAAGAACAACCCAGACAUUGAAGUCUCCUUUGUUGAAAUCGAUCUUCUCAACAACAAGAGCGUUCGACAAGCAGCAGAGAAGAUAAAGUCCUUAACAGAUAAGAUUGAUGUUCUUAUUAACAAUGCCGGUGUGAUGGCUGUAAAACACUAUGCUACAUCUGUCGAUGGGGUUGAAAGCCAAUUUGCGACUAAUUAUCUUGGUCAUUUUCUUCUUACCAAUCUGCUCGUUAAGGAGAUAGUCGCUGCGGCUAAUAUGGGGAGGGGGGCUAGAAUAGUCCAGGUUGGUAGUUUGGGAUACCAGCUCGGAGAAAGGAAUUACGGCAUUGAUAUGCCAUCCUGGUGGUACGUCAAUUUCAACACUUUAUUGGUGAAUUCAAGUGUGGACAAUGAAUCGUUCGCUGAUGCGUACGUUUUGGCGAUUAAACGCAAUGAUGGUGGUAGAAAGGCUGACUAUACAUCAGGAAAUCCUCUUCCCCCACAAAACAUGGUGACUUUGAAACAAGCAGCGGGAGUAGUGCUCUUUACUGCUUUGAACCCAUCUUUGACAAAGGCUGCACCAGCAUUCAUCGUUGAAAAUGAAAUUUACACAGAGACGAAGGAGUAUGCGCUCAAUGAGGAGACAGCCGAGGGUUUGUGGAAGCUCAGCGAGAAGCUUGUUGGAGAGACAUUUGUUUACUGAACUGGAGGGCCAGAUGAUGAGAUUUGGAUAACGAAUUGCUUGGUGGCCUGAGAGGAAAGUUUUAGGAUAAAUCUGUCAGGUUCAUAAAUGAAAUGAACUGAAUUAUGAACUAUUACAACU